AAUUCGAAUGAGAGAGGCGGACCAAAGGAGAUAGUGGAAUGGACGCCGGGGUCCCGGCGCAGCUGAUGCGACGCGAGAUGGCGGCGGCGACCUCAGGAGCUGGUCGCUGUCGGCUAAGCAAGGUAGGGGCUGUCCGGCGCCCACCUCCAGCUCGAGUAAGGGUGGCUGUACGACUGAGGCCAUUUGUAGAUGGAACAUCUGGAGCAAAUGAUACUCCCUGUGUACGGGGCCUCGACAGCUAUUCUCUAGAGAUUGCUAACUGGAGGAACCACCAGGAGACUCUCAAAUACCAGUUUGAUGCCUUCUAUGGGGAGAGGAGUUCUCAGCAGGACAUCUAUGCCGGAUCAGUGCAGCCCAUCUUAAGGCACUUGCUGGAAGGGCAGAAUGCUAGUGUGCUUGCUUAUGGGCCCACAGGGGCAGGGAAGACACACACAAUGCUGGGCAGCCCAGAGCAACCCGGAGUGAUUCCCCGGGCUCUCAUGGACCUCCUACAGCUCACAAGGGAGGAGGGCGCUGAGGGCCGGCCAUGGUCCCUCUCUGUCACUAUGUCCUACUUAGAGAUCUACCAGGAAAAGGUAUUAGAUCUUUUGAACCCUGCAUCCGGAGACCUGGUGAUCCGAGAAGAUUGUCGAGGAAACAUACUGAUUCCAGGCCUCACACAGAAGCCCAUCACUAGCUUUGCUGAUUUUGAGCAGCACUUCCUGCCAGCCAGUCGAAAUCGGACUGUAGGAGCCACCCGGCUCAACCAGCGCUCCUCCCGAAGUCAUGCUGUGCUCCUGGUUAAGGUGGAUCAACGGGAGCGCUUGGCCCCAUUUCGCCAGCGGGAGGGGAAACUCUACCUGAUUGAUUUGGCUGGCUCAGAGGACAAUCGGCGCACAGGCAACAAGGGCCUGAGGCUGAAGGAGAGCGGAGCCAUCAACUCCUCUCUCUUCGUACUGGGCAAGGUGGUGGAUGCACUGAACCAGGGCCUUCCUCGUGUGCCUUACCGGGACAGCAAGCUCACUCGCCUAUUGCAGGACUCUCUGGGUGGCUCGGCCCACAGUAUCCUCAUUGCCAACAUUGCCCCCGAGAGAUGCUUCUAUCUAGACACAGUCUCUGCACUCAACUUUGCUGCCAGGUCCAAGGAGGUGAUCAAUCGACCUUUUACCAAUGAGAGCCUACAGCUUCAUGUCUUGGCACCUGUUAAACUGUCUCAGAAAGAACUGGUAGGCCCUUCAGAGGCAAAGAGAGCCCGAGGCCCCGAAGAAGAGGAGAUUGGGAAUCAUGAGCCCCCGGCACCUCCAGCCUCUGCUUCUCAGAAAUUCAGCCCCCUACAGAAGCUAAGUAGCAUGGACCCGGCCAUGCUGGAGCGCCUCCUAAGUUUGGACCGUCUGCUGGGCUCCCGGGGGACCCAGGGGACCCCUCUGCUGAGCACCCCAAAGCGAGAGCGAAUGGUGCUCAUGAAGACAGUGGAGGAGAAGGAUUUGGAGAUUGAAAGGCUUAAGAUGAAGCAAAAAGAACUGGAAGCCAAAGUGCGGGCCCAGGAAACUCUGGACCCAAAAGAGAAAGAGAAUUGCUCUCCCACAAUGCUCCGACCCCUUGCCCGCCGCACAGUUACAGUGGCUAAACCCCUCAAAAAGGCUGUGGUGAUUCCCCUACAACUGAUUCAGGAGCAGGCAGCAUCCCCAAAUGCCAACAUCCAUAUCUUGAAGAAGAAAAGCCGCAAGAGAAAGUUGGAGUGCCUGGAUGCCACAAAGCCGAAGGAAGAGGCUGAGGACUGCUGGGAGCUACAGAUCAGUCCAGAGCUACUGGCCCAUGGGCGCCAGAAAAUACUAGAUAUACUGAAUGAAGGCUCAGCCCGCGAUCUGCGCAGCCUGCAGCGCAUUGGCCAAAAGAAGGCCCAGCUUAUUGUGGGCUGGAGGGAGCUCCACGGCCCCUUCAGCCAGGUGGAGGACUUGGAACAUGUGAAGGUCAUGUCAGGGAAACAGCUGGAGUCUUUCCUGAAGGCGAACAUCUUGGGUCUCGCCGCGGGCCAGCACUGCAGCCCCUCCUGACUGCCAGCUCUUCUUUUCACUUGGCCAUUUUUUCCCUUCUUUCAGUCCCUGUAUAACCGCUUCUUGUAUAAAGACAGUUUUAAGUCCGUUGCUUCAGCCUGAUUCUUUGGACUGUGGGGGCGGGGCUGGGGUAUAAUUGCCCUUGGGACCGGACACAAGCUCCACUGUAACUUCUUUGGGCGCCAUCUUUGGGAAAACAUGAAGCAGCGCAGGGUUGAGAGUAGACUAUUGGAACGGGAAAGGACGGUGGCCGGUAGGAAACAAAAGGCUUACACGAAAGCCUGAGGACAACGACCGUUAGGCGGGCACGCGCUUUAAGUUUAGCU